AUGCAGUACCAACGAGCAGCGUUAGUCAUCGCCAGCCCCGCACUCACUCAGCGAGAAGUUGAGUUUACGAAAUCCGCUUGGCUCGCGGGUCUGCGCCCCGAUCAGCGCACCGCUCAACAGAUGCGGGAAGUUUCGGUUGAGUUUCCGCUGCUCUCACGUGAUGUUGUAGUUGUCCGUUGUGGCGGCUCCGUAGUUACGGCCGCUAUCGCAACUGCACUUGUGGAGCCCACGCCGCAGCGGCCCAAACAUGGUCUUUUACACUUCUCCGUUCGGCGACUUCACACGGAGAGGGACAGUCCCGCAGCAGACGGCUCAACUCAAAAAAAUUUAGUCGCGUUUCUCGAGCGCCUGGUACGGACGGGAGGUGUCAUUGACACAGCGGGUCUCUGCGUUCUUCCCGGCCAGAAAGUCUGGAGCCUUACAGUUGAUGUCACGAUCAUGAAUGAUGAAGGGAACUGCAAUGAUGCAGCCGUGUGGGCUGUUAUCGCUUUACUCAUGCAUCACCGGCGUCCGGAGCUCACCGUACGAGGAAGUUCUGUCAUUGUGCACCCACCACACGAGCGGGAGCCAGUCCCGCUGUCCGUGCAACACACGCCGUUGCCAUUCACUUUUGCCAUUACGAUGGCUCCAACUGAACGCGAAAAGGCGCUCAAUCAUCAGCGUGCGCUUUCCGCAACGGGAUCGUCAUCUGGUCCCCAACCUUCUUCUGGAGUUGGGAAUUCCAUCGAUACUGCAAGUGCAUUUGCUAUUGAUGGGACUUCCCCGCAGCCGCUGGGUGUAGUAGUCGAUCCCACAACAGCGGAAUCCCUCGCGGCGGCAUCGUCAAUUGUUGUUGCCAUCAACGCAGAGGGUCAAGUCUGCACUGUAGUGAAGGCUGAGGGUUGUAGUAUUCAUCUGAAGGAUCUUAAUGCAUGCAUCGAGGCGGCAGGUACUCUUGCUCCCAGGGUUCUCGAUUUGAUAAAAGUGGCGAUGGAGGCACAUGAUGAGCGGCGAAAGACCGCCAUGAAGGGUCAGUUCGCAUGGGCACAAAAGCGUAGCGGUGUGGGAAAGGUCGAACAGGCGUGUGUGAAGAAGAUAAAAACAGAAACGUGA